AUGUCAUUUAAUAGUCAUCCUCCAUUAAGACGAACUGUGUCGAAAAUUACAAAUAUUCUACAACCACCUUUUUCAUCAACAAUUAUAACAGAUGGUAACCUUUUUACUAAUAAAUCAACUCAAAUGCAUACUUCCGCUUCAAUGAAAUUUUCUAUAAAUUCAUUUGAAUAUAUAAAUGAUUCAUGUAAUGCUUCAACAAGUGAAGAAUCACAACAUUCAUCAUUAUCAAGAGAAUCAUCAGAUCCAUUAUCAGAAAAAUUUAAUUCAUUAACAAUAUCAACAACCUCAGAUUAUUAUGAAUUAUUACAAUUUACAACAAAAUUAGGUUAUGAUCAAACUCAAUUAGAUCAAGUAUUGGAAAAUCUUAAUCCUUUAGAAGUAACAGAAGAUAAAGUUUUAAGUGAAUUAAUAAAAUUAGGAAAAAUUCCUGCAUUAGAAUAUAAUAAAAAUUUACCAUCAAUACCAAAAAAUAGUGAAAAAGAGUUAAGAAGUAUUGUUAUUGAUGGUUCUAAUAUUGCUAUGACUUAUGGUAAUAAAGCUGUUUUUGCCUGUAAAGGAAUUCGUAUAUGUAUUGAUUAUUUUUUAAAUCGUGGUCAUACAGAAAUUAUAUGUUUUAUUCCUAGUUUUAGGAGAGAACAAUCAAGACCUGAUUCACCUAUAUCUGAUCAACAAAUAUUAUUUGAUUUAGAAUCAGAGGGACACCUAUUUUGGACACCAUCAAGAAGAAUAAAUGGUAGGAGAAUUGUUUGCCAUGAUGAUAGAUAUAUUUUAAAUGCUGCUCUUGAUAAAGAAGCUAUAAUUGUAUCAAAUGAUGAAUAUAGAGAUUUAAUUAAAGAAAAUCCACAAUAUAAAAGAAUUGUCCAAAAUAAUUUAUUAAUGUAUUCAUUUGUUCAUUCUAAAUUUAUGCCACCAGAUGAUCCAUUAGGUAAACAUGGUCCAACAUUAGAUCAAUUUUUAUCAAAAAAUUAUACACCAUUAAAUGGUCAAAUAUGUCCAUAUUCUAAAAAAUGUACUUAUGGAAAUAAAUGUAAAUAUUAUCAUCCUGAAAAACAAAAUGAAAAUAGAACAUCAGUUGUAGAUAAACUUUUAAAUGACUCACAAAAACAAAAUUCUCGUGGUUCAGGUACAGAAUCUACUUCAAUGGGAUAUAAUAAGUGCCAUCUUAAAGCAAUCCAACGUACAUUAGUUACAAGAGCUUCUUCAUUAAAUCCCAAUUUUAUACCUAAUAAUAAUGAUAAUAAGUCUCAUAUUAAUGUUAGUCGUCAGUUAUCAACACCACUUCAUUGGAAUAACCAAUCACCACAAAUAUCAUCACAUAAAUCAAAUACAUCAUUAUAUUCUACCACUAAUAGUAUAUGGAGUCCAAUAGAAAUAAAUUCAGGAUUUACUUCUCAUAAUCCUAUUUUUCAAAAUGACAUAUUUAUGGGUAAUGAGGAAAGACAACGUUUACAAUAUCAUCUUUCACAAUUAUUUCCUCCAAAUGCUGUAACAGCAGUUUUAUUAGCCAAUCCUCUUGAAAAUAAUCCUCAAACAUUAUGUAAAAUGAUUUUAGCUUAUCAAUCAUGUUUGGAUUCAUCAUUUUUUUAA